AUGUCGGCCCUACCUAUGGCAGGUCCGCCCAAGACCCCCUUGGCGCGUUACCGCAUUCUCUCCCCGACGGCUUCCGUUCGAGUGAGCCCCCUGUGUCUGGGCGCCAUGAACUUUGGCGACGCCUGGAAGGGAUACAUGGGAACUUGCGAUCAAAAGACCGUCGAAGAGAUUCUUGACUUCUUCCAUGAGCAGGGAGGCAACUUCAUUGACACCGCCAACAACUACCAAUUCGAAGAAUCCGAGGCUUGGAUUGGCCAAUGGAUGAAGAAGAGAGGUGUUCGUGACCAGAUGGUCAUUGCAACCAAGUACACCACGAACUUCCAAGCUGGCCCUAACGCGCCGGGCAUCAUGGCCAACUUCACCGGCAACGGAUCCAAGAGCUUGCACACGUCUGUAGAGGCUAGCUUGCGCAAGCUGCAAACCGACUACAUUGACCUGCUCUAUGUGCACUGGUGGGACUACUCUACUUCUAUUCCGGAGCUGAUGCAGUCCCUCAACAACCUCGUCGUCACCGGCAAGGUCCUGUUUCUCGGUAUCAGUGACACUCCCGCUUGGAUUGUCAGCAAGGCCAAUGAAUACGCGAGAAAUCAUGGACUACGUCAAUUCUCAGUCUACCAAGGUCGAUGGUCUGCAGCCUCAAGAGACUUUGAGCGAGAGAUCAUUCCAAUGACCAAGGCUGAAGGAAUGAGCUUGGCACCCUGGGGCGCGCUCGGCGGCGGCGCUUUCAAGACGGAAGAGCAACGCAAGUCCCAGGAGGGCCGCAAAGUUCAGGCUAGCGAAGCGCAAAUCAAGAUCAGCCAGGUGCUGGAAAAGAUUGCCAACAGCAAAGGCACGAUCAUCACGAGUGUUGCUUUGGCUUAUGUAAUGCAAAAAACGCCUUACGUCUUCCCUAUCGUCGGCGGCCGCACUGUCGAUCAUCUGAAGCAGAACAUUGAGGCGUUGGCCCUCGAUCUCUCCGAUGAAGAAAUUCAGGAGAUUGAAGGAGCUGUCCCUUUCGAUAUGGGCUUCCCUCACAACUUCUUGUGGGGAGAGAAGGUCCCGUCGAACCCUGGCGAGGUCUGGUUGCUGAACAUGGGAGGCAAUUUCGAUUAUGUUCCAGAGCCUAAGGCCAUCGCACCCAAGGAAGGCGGAAAGUAG